AAAGAGAAAAGACUUACAUGGGAGAUUGAUUUGGACAUAUUGGUGCUGAUAUUUGUGGCCUGUAACUGCAAACCACCAAUUCUAUUAUCCCUUAUUUUAUAUUAGUGCCAUCCCUUGUCAACACCUCAACCUCUAAUUCACCCAAAAAUUUAAAAAAAAAUUAAAUUCACCAAAAACUCCUUCAACCUCUAAUAAUAUUUAUUCUUUUAUUUAUUUUACAAUAAUGAUUGUACAUCACACAUAUAUUUCUUCUAUUUUUCACACUCUUUUUUCUGUUUUUAUCUCUUCUUCAUUCUUUCUUGAGCAUUUGCUAAAUUCUUCAUCAAACUAUUUAAUUUAUGCAAAUCACUCUUUGUGUUUUGAUCCUUUGAUCAGACACAAAGACACACUUAAAAACUUGAACUUGUCUUUUCUUGUUUUGUGUUGUGUUCUGUUGAUUCCUAACCUUUGUGUUUGUUCAACUCAACCAUGGCUUCUACUUUGUGUUACAACUCACUAAAUCCAUCAACAGCAUCUUUCUCAAGAACCCAUUUCUCAGUUCCAGUUAACAAAGACUUUUCACUGGAAAAUUCUUCACCUUUUCAUAGCUAUGGAAAAAACAGAACAAAAAAACAGAGGAAAAAUGUGUUUGUGAUGCAUGUGAAAGUGAAAGCUACAGUAGCUGAAACUACUACAUCAUCAUCAUCUUCAAAACAAGCUGAGAAGAAGAAUCUUAGAGUACUUGUAGCAGGUGGUGGAAUUGGUGGAUUGGUUUUUGCUUUAGCUGCAAAGAGAAAAGGGUUUGAUGUGAUGGUGUUUGAGAAAGAUUUGAGUGCUGUAAGAGGAGAAGGACAAUAUAGAGGACCAAUUCAGAUACAGAGUAAUGCUUUGGCUGCUUUGGAAGCUAUUGAUUCAGAUGUUGCUGAUGAAGUUAUGAGAGUUGGUUGCAUCACUGGUGAUAGAAUCAAUGGCCUUGUUGAUGGUGUUUCUGGUUCUUGGUACGUUAAAUUUGAUACAUUCACUCCUGCAGUGGAACGUGGGCUUCCUGUCACACGAGUCAUUAGUCGAAUGGUUUUGCAAGGGAUCCUUGCUCGUGCAGUUGGGGAAGAUAUCGUUUUGAAUGCCAGUAAUGUCGUUAAUUUUGUGGAUGAUGGAAACAAGGUAACAGUAGAGCUUGAGAAUGGUCAAAAAUACGAAGGAGAUCUAUUGGUUGGAGCAGAUGGUAUAUGGUCCAAGGUAAGGACACAGUUAUUUGGACAAACAGAAGCUGUUUACUCCGGCUAUACUUGUUAUACCGGUAUUGCAGAUUUCGUGCCUGCUGACAUUGAAUCUGUUGGGUAUCGAGUAUUCUUGGGACACAAACAAUACUUUGUAUCUUCAGAUGUUGGAGCUGGAAAGAUGCAAUGGUAUGCAUUUCACAAAGAAGCUCCCGGUGGUGCUGAUGUACCGAAUGGAAAAAAGGAAAGGUUGCUCAAAAUAUUUAAGGGUUGGUGUGAUAAUGCAGUAGAUCUAAUACUUGCUACAGAUGAAGAGGCCAUUCUGCGUAGAGACAUCUAUGACAGGAUACCUACAUUUAAUUGGGGAAAGGGCCGUGUGACUUUGCUUGGUGAUUCCGUCCAUGCCAUGCAGCCAAAUAUGGGCCAAGGAGGAUGCAUGGCCAUUGAGGAUAGUUAUCAACUAGCAUCGGAGUUGGACAAUGCAUGGGAACAAAGUAUUAAAUCAAGGAGCCCAAUUAAGGUUGAUUCAGCCCUAAGGAGCUAUGAAAAUGAAAGAAAACUACGAGUUGCGGUUAUUCAUGGGAUGGCUAGAAUGGCAGCUCUGAUGGCUUCCACUUACAAGGCAUAUCUUGGGGUUGGUCUUGGUCCUUUGGAGUUUUUGACCAACUUUCGUAUACCUCAUCCUGGAAGAGUUGGAGGGAGGUUUUUUGUCGACAUUUUGAUGCCGUCUAUGUUGAACUGGAUCUUAGGUGGAAAUAGUGACAAACUUGAAGGCAGACCACUAAGUUGCAGGAUCUCAGACAAAGCAAAUGGACAAUUGCGCCAAUGGUUUGAAGAUGAUGAUGCACUUGAGCGUGCUAUUAAUGGAGAGUGGUUUUUAUUACCAUGUGGAGAUCAAACAGGUCUUUCAAAACCGAUACGUUUAACGCAAAAUGAGAUGAAACCCUUCAUAAUUGGGAGCGCAGUGCAAGAUGAUCAAGGUAGCUCAAUUACAAUUGAUUCGCCCGAGGUUUCUCCAACGCAUGCUCGGAUUUACUAUAAGGAUGGAGCCUUCUUCGUAACUGAUAUGCGGAGUGAACAUGGCACUUGGAUCGUCGAUAUUGAAGGAAAGCGAUAUCGGGUACCUCCAAAUUACCCUGCUCGUGUCCGUCCAUUUGAUGUACUUGUGUUUGGUUCUGAUAAGGUUUCAUUUCGAGUUAAGGUGAAAAGUGCUGCUCCAAGCAUCUCUAAGAAGGAAGAAGAGACACAAGUUUUGCAAGGAGUAUGAUUGAUUAUGUUCAAUUACAUUAUUUAAGUUACACAAAAGUUACACAGCACAAAUUUGAAGUUGUAGAAAUUUACAAAGUUACACACCUAUAUGGAAUUUUAAGGGAAAUUAUUGAGUAGAAAUUGUUUCCUAUAAGAACUCCAUUCAAUUAUAAUAUGACUCAUAAACUUGUACAUGUUGAAUGGAGUGACCAUGGAAGGCAGUGUAUGUAUGUAGCCAAGAAUUUCUCAGACUUAUAAUUGUGAUUUACAAAAUAGAAAUGUAUAUUUUUCAAUGUAAAAAGAGUAAAUUCAAUUGUCUGCAAA